CCGAGACUCCUGAGAUCUCCACCGCUGACCCAGACAUCAAUCAGUAACUGGGCCGCAAACGCUGCACUGCCUGUAGGAGUCUGGAGCCACAGCUUCAGCAGCUUUCUGAGGGAGGAAAAACCCUGAGAGAACAAUUUUUAAAAAACUGCAUACCAAGAGACUGGAGCAACACAAGUCAAUUUAACCUCCACCGUUUUGUGUUUUGUUAAAUAAUCCUAUCAUAUCAACUGUGGAGCAUUUACCAGAACCAGAACAGGAGGAAGGAGCAGAAUCCUUACACAGAUUGCAGUGAGACACUGAAUUUCGGCCAUCUUGAUGGAGGCGAGUCUCCCAGAGGUUCUUGGCCGAUGAUGAAAGUGUCCCACCCAGCGGUGCCUCUGAAUCCCUGCCAUGUCUCCCUCACAUGGUGACUUCUGAUGUCCUCGGGGAAACUCAGACCUGAACCAUGGUUAUUCUGCAGCAGGGGGACUAUGUGUGGUUGGACCUUAAGACAGGUCGGGAGUUUGACGUCCCCGUUGGAGCUGUGGUGAAACUCUGCGACUCUGGACAGAUCCAGGUUCUGGAUGAUGAAGGCCGGGAACACUGGAUUUUUCCCCAGAAUGCCACUAACAUCAAGCCGAUGCACCCGACCUCCAUCCAUGGCGUCGAAGACAUGAUCCGCCUGGGCGACCUCAACGAAGCUGGCAUUCUUCGCAACCUGCUCAUCCGCUACAACGAACACGUCAUCUACACGUACACCGGGUCGAUCCUGGUGGCAGUGAAUCCCUAUCAGCUGCUUCCCAUCUACACUCCGGACCAGAUCCGCCUCUACACCAACAGGAAGAUCGGAGAGAUGCCACCGCACAUAUUCGCCAUCGCAGACAACUGCUACUUCAACAUGCAGAGGAACAACAAGGACCAGUGCUGCAUCAUCAGUGGUGAAUCUGGAGCCGGGAAAACCGAGAGCACAAAGCUGAUUCUUCAGUUCCUGGCGGCCAUCAGCGGUCAGCAUUCCUGGAUAGAGCAGCAAGUCUUGGAGGCCACACCCAUCCUCGAAGCUUUUGGAAACGCCAAGACGAUCCGUAAUGACAACUCCAGUCGCUUUGGGAAGUAUAUAGAUAUCCAUUUCAACAAACGGGGCGCCAUCGAAGGGGCCAAGAUAGAGCAAUACCUGCUGGAGAAAUCUCGAGUGUGUCGACAGGCAGCCGAUGAGAGGAACUACCACAUUUUUUACUGCAUGUUGAAGGGAAUGGGUCCGGAGAUGAAGGCUAGGCUGGGUCUGGGCCUGGCCAGGGAUUACUGCUACCUCACUGCGGGUAACUGUACUGAAUGUGAUGGCCGCAAUGACCUGGCUGAUUAUUCCAGCAUCCUGUCGGCCAUGAAGGUGCUCAUGUUCAGCGAGACGGAGUACGUGGAGAUUUCGAAGCUGCUGGCGGCCAUCUUGCAUAUGGGCAACCUUCGGUUUGAAGCUCGUACGUACGACAAUCUGGACGCCUGUGUGGUUGUGAGAUCUCCUGACCUAGUGACUGCUGCUUCACUCAUGGAGGUGGAGCCGAAGGACGUGAUGGUGUGUUUGACCACUCGAACCCUCAUCACCCGGGGUGAAAGCGUCACCACGCCGCUCAGCGUGGAGCAAGGUCUGGACGUCAGGGACGCCUUCGUCAAGGGGAUCUACGGCAGACUGUUUGUCUGGAUAGUAGAUAAAAUCAAUGCAGCCAUUUACCGACCUCCUUCCUGCGAGAGUAGUGUCAUCAGAAGGUCUAUCGGACUGCUGGACAUCUUCGGCUUUGAGAAUUUUCUCAUCAAUAGCUUUGAGCAGCUGUGCAUCAACUUCGCCAACGAGAACCUGCAGCAGUUCUUCGUUCGCCACGUUUUCAAGCUGGAGCAGGAGGAGUACAACCUGGAGGACAUCAACUGGCAGCACAUCGAGUUCACAGACAACCAGGAGGCGCUGGACAUGAUCGCCAACAAACCCAUGAACAUCAUCUCCCUCAUCGAUGAGGAGAGCAAGUUCCCAAAGGGAACCGAUGCUACGAUGUUGUAUAAGCUGAACUCACAGCACAAACUCAACACCAACUACAUCCCUCCAAAAAACAGCUACGAAACCCAGUUUGGCAUCCAACACUUUGCUGGGGUGGUGCAUUAUGAGUCCAGAGGAUUUCUGGAGAAAAACCGCGACAGCCUCCACACCGACAUCAUCCAGCUCGUCCACUCGUCCAAGAACAAGUUCAUCAAGCAGAUCUUCCAGGCCGAUGUUGCUAUGUUUCUUUGUGGCUAUCAGCAGCCGAGCACCUCCGCUCCCAAGGGUGUUGAAACAAGAAAGCGUUCUCCAACUCUGAGCAGCCAGUUCAAACGUUCCCUCGAGAUGCUGAUGAGGACGCUCAGCGUGUGUCAGCCGUUCUUUGUUCGCUGCAUAAAGCCCAACGAGUUCAAGAAACCAAUGUUAUUUGACAGAGAGCUGUGUAUUCGCCAGCUGCGCUACUCCGGCAUGAUGGAGACGAUCCGGAUCAGGAGAGCAGGUUAUCCCAUCAGAUACAGCUUUGCUGAAUUUGUGGAUCGAUAUCGAGUCCUGAUGCCUGGAAUCAAACCUGCUCACAUACAGGAUGACCUGAAGGGAACCUGUCAGCAGAUAGUCUCAGCCCGGUUGGGAAAACAGGAAGACUGGCAGAUUGGAAAAACAAAGAUUUUUUUAAAGGAUCACCAUGACAUGCAACUGGAGAUCGAGAGAGAUAAAGCCAUCACCGAUAAAGUCAUCCUCAUCCAGAAAUCUGUGCGUGGAUUGAAAGCGAGGUCAAACUUUCGCAGACUCAGGAGCGCUGUGGUUUUUAUUCAGAAGGUCUGGAGGGGGUACAGGAUCAGAAAGAAUUACCAAAUUAUGAAGUCAGGUUUCAUUCGCCUUCAGGCGGUCUGCAGGUCCAGGAAGUACUACAGAAGCUACCGGAUCACUCGCUGCCGCAUCACCCUCAUCCAAGCCCGCUGCCGGGGCUUCCUUGUCCGGCAAACCUUCUGGAGACGCCUCCGAGCCGUGUUGACCCUCCAGGCCUACACCAGAGGCAUGAUAGCCAGACGCCUCUGCCAGAGGCUCAGGGCCGAGCGUCAGCGGCGCCUGGAGGCUGAGCGGCAGCGCCUGGCUGAGGAGGAACAGCUCCGGAACCAGAUGACGGUCCGGCGGGCCAAGGCAGAGGCCGAGAGGAAGCACCAGGAGCGGCUCUUCCAGUUGACCCAGCAGCAGGAGGAGCGGGAAAGGGAGGCGAAGGAGGAGGCGCGCAGGAAGAAGGAGCUGCUUGAUCAGAUGGAGAGGGAGAAAGAGCAGCCUGUCGACCACUCCGACAUGGUGGACCGGAUGUUUGGUUUCCUCGGGGACUCCGGACCGCUCCCGAACCAGGAUGGACAGGCGCCGGCUGGGUUUGAAGAUUUGGAGCAAACUCCUCGCGGUGAGGAAGCAGAAGAAGAGAUGCUGAAUGAAGCUCCGCCAUUACCCGACGAGGAAGAGGAAGAUCUGUCCGAUUACAAGUUCUCCAAGUUUGCCGCCACCUACUUCCAGGGUCUUUCCACUCACACCUACAUCAGGCGGCCGCUGAAGCAACCGCUGCUGUUUCACGAGGACGAAGGAGACCAGCUAGCUGCGUUAGCUGUGUGGAUUACUGUGUUGAGGUUCAUGGGUGACCUGCCAGAACCAAAAUGCCAGAUAGUCAUCAACGACGGCAGUGAGAAGAUCCCCGUCAUGACCAAGAUCUACGAAACCCUCGGCAAGAGGACCUACAAGAGGGAGCUGCAGGAGCUGCAGGUGGAGGAAGAGAACAGCUCCAUAGAGUCUCAGAAGAGGAACAGCGUCAGACAUAAGCUGGUGUCUCUAACUCUGAAGAGGAAAUCAAAGAUAACAGAAGAGGUCACCAGGCGGCUGACAGAGGGCAUGGACUACAGCCUGCAGGGCAACAGCAUGCUGGAGGAUCGACCCACCUCCAACCUGGAGAAGCUCCACUUCAUCAUCGGAAACGGCAUUUUACGGCCAACGCUCAGGGAUGAGAUCUACUGUCAGAUCUGCAAACAGCUCACUCAGAACCCAUCCAAAAGCAGCCAUGCCCGGGGAUGGAUCCUCCUGUCUCUCUGUGUCGGCUGCUUCGCUCCGUCCGAGAAGUUUGUCAAAUAUUUACGAACCUUUCUGAAGAACGGUCCUCCUGGUUACGCUCCGUACUGCGAAGAGAGGCUGAGGAGGACGUUUGCAAACCGCACACGAACCCAGCCGCCAUCCUGGCUGGAGCUGCAGGCGACCAAGUCCAAGAAGCCCAUCAUGCUGCCGGUGACGUUCAUGGAUGGCACCACCAAGACGCUGCUGGCGGACUCUGCCACUACGGCCUUCGAGCUCUGCAAUGCCCUGGCGGACAAGAUCAACCUGCGCGACCGCUUCGGGUUCUCCUUGUACAUCGCUCUGUUCGAUAAGGUGUCGUCUCUGGGCAGCGGCAGUGACCACGUCAUGGAUGCUGUGUCGCAGUGCGAGCAGUAUGCCAAAGAGCAGGGUGCCCAGGAAAGGAACGCCCCCUGGAGGCUGUUCUUCAGGAAGGAGAUCUUCAGCCCCUGGCACGACCCCACGGAGGACUACGUCGCCACAAACCUGAUUUACCAGCAGAUCGUCAGAGGAGUGAAGUUUGGAGAGUAUCGCUGUGAGAAGGAGGAAGAUCUGGCUGAGCUGGCCUCUCAGCAGUACUUUGUGGACUAUGGCUCUGAGAUCCUCCAGGAGCGCCUGCUCAGCCUCAUCCCGUCCUACAUCCCCGACAGAGAAGUCACCUCGACUAAGACUGCAGAGAAGUGGGCUCAGCUCAUCAUCAACGCCCACAAAAAGGGAUUAUACCACAAAAGGAGGCUGAACACUCAGAAGGUGAGGGAGGAUGUUGUGGAUUUCGCUCGGUUAAAGUGGCCUUUACUCUUCUCACGUUUCUACGAGGCCUUUAAAUUCUCAGGGCCCAGUCUGCCAAAGAAUGAUGUGAUUGUGGCGGUGAACUGGACUGGGGUUUACUUUGUGGAUGAGCAGGAGCAGGUUCUUCUGGAGCUGUCGUUCCCAGAAAUCACAGCCGUGUCCAGCAGCAGAGGAGGAAAACUGCAAGGUCAGAGUUUCACACUCGCCACCAUCAAAGGAGACGAGUACACCUUCACCUCCAACAACGCGGAGGACAUCCGGGACCUGGUGGUCACCUUCCUCGAAGGUCUGAAGAAGAAGUCCAAAUAUGUGGUGGGACUGCUGGACUGUCCAAACCCUGCUGGCGUUGACUCCACCUUCCUGAGCUUCUGUAAGGGGGAUCUGAUAAUCCUGGAUGAACAUGACGGAGAACAUGUGAUGAACUCCGGCUGGGCGCACGGGGUCAACGACAGGACCAAGCAGAGAGGAGACUUCCCUGCCGACUGCGUCUACGUGCUGCCCACCAUCACCAGGCCGCAAUACGACAUCGUGGCUCUAGUGACGAUGACUCCUGAUCAGAGGAGGGAGUCUCUCAGUUUGUCUCAGAUAAGUCUUUCUGAAAAGGACAAAUCCAAGGCCUACACCCUGGAGGAGUUUUCCUACGACCACUUCAGGCCGCCUCCGAAGAGCACCCUGAGCCGAGUGAUGAUGUCCAAAGCUCGAGGGAAGGAGCGACUGUGGAGCUGCGUCAGGGAGCCUCUCAAACAGCCGCUGCUGAAGAAAGUCCUGGCGCACGACGAACUCUCCCAGGAGGCCCUUCUGGCCUUCAUAGCUGUGAUGAAAUACAUGGGUGACUACCCGUCCAAACGGGCUCGGUCCGUCAACGAGCUCACCGAUCAGAUCUUUGAAGGAGCGCUGAAGGCGGAGCCGCUGAAGGAUGAAAUCUACUGCCAGAUCCUCAAACAGCUCACAGACAAUCACAUCAAGUUCAGUGAGGAGAAGGGCUGGGAGCUGCUGUGGCUCUGCACUGGUUUGUUUCCUCCCAGUAACAUCCUGCUGCCCCACGUCCAGAAGUUCCUCCAGGCCAAGAAGCACUUCCCGCUGGCGCCAGACUGCAUGCAGCGGCUGCAGAAAGCCCUGCGAAACGGAUCCAGGAAGUACCCUCCUCACCUGGUGGAGGUGGAGGCCAUCCAGCACAAGACCACGCAGAUUUUCCACAAGGUUUACUUCCCUGACGACUCAGAUGAGGUGUUUGAAGUGGAGUCGAGCACGAAGGCUAAAGAUUUCUGCCACAACAUCUCCGGUCGACUGAUGCUCAAAUCCUCCGAGGGCUUCAGUCUCUUUGUAAAGAUCACAGACAAGGUCAUCAGUGUGCCAGACGGCGACUUUUUCUUUGACUUUGUGAGGCAUCUGACUGACUGGAUCAAGAAAGCGAGACAUGGCUCUACAGGCGCGGUGCCUUCAUUGACCUAUCAGGUGUUCUUCAUGAAGAAGCUGUGGACCAACACGGUGCCAGGAAAAGACUCCAUGGCCGACUCCAUCUUCCAUUACUAUCAGGAGCUGCCCAAGUAUCUCCGCGGUUACCACAAGUGUUCGAGGGAGGAGGUGCACCAGCUGGCGGCUCUGAUAUACAGGGUGAAGUUUGAAGAGGACAAAUCCCAUUUCCAGAAUAUUCCCAAGAUUCUGAAGGACCUCGUCCCUCAGGACCAGAUCCGACAUCUGUCCCCAGACGACUGGAAGAGGUCCAUCAUGACGCUCUUUAACAAACAGUCGGGAAAAGCACCCGAAGACGCCAAACUCUCUUUCCUGAAGGUCAUUUACAAAUGGCCGACAUUUGGCUCCGCCUUCUUUGAAGUCAAGCAAACAACAGAUCCAAAUUACCCAGAAACUCUCCUGAUUGCCAUCAAUAAACACGGAGUCAGUCUGAUUGAUCCGAAGGCUAAGGACAUCCUGACCACUCAUCCCUUCACCAAGAUCUCCAACUGGAGCAGCGGCAACACGUACUUCCACAUCACCAUUGGGAACCUGGUGCGAGGCAGCAAGCUGCUCUGCGAAACGUCGCUGGGAUACAAGAUGGAUGACCUUUUGACCUCUUACAUCAGCCAGAUGUUGACAACGAUGACCAAGCAGCGAACAUCCAGAGGAAACAGCAAGUGAUCAGGCCACACUCCUGAACUAAAACCUACCUUUCAUUUUUCUGUCCUGUCUUAAAAACCUCACCUUUUGCCUUUAAAAUCACUCUUUCAGGA